GAAUAUGGUGCUCGCAUGUGACGUGACAAACGUGAAAUUAAAACACAUACUAGUAAGUGAUAUCUUUUAAAUUUCUGUUUUCAUCAGAACCACUGUCGUAAUGUCAUUUAGACAUCUCAGUUAAAAGAGCCGCAUUCCAUGAAAACAAAUUACAAGGAACUACAGGAAAAUAUACAUUGCGCGUGUUAUUAAGUACUUGCUUACAUUGACCUCCGUAUAGGAGAUAGAACAUGUAUAUUAUGACCUAAAUUCGGUUUGUGUGGAUUUCGGAUAGGCCUAUAUUGUGCAGCUGGAGUCUCUUUGGCAAAGAGGGUAAUAUCGUGAUCGGUGAGGUGAAAUAUAUUCAGAAAUGAAGUGUUUAGCGAUCAUCGUUGUCGCCAUCUUGGGAAACCUUUCUUCCAGUGCAGAGGGUAUUAGCUGCCGCCGUCCGAGACAUUUACGGAGUGGGCGUUACGAAUAUCAAGAUGGUAAUGAUUAUGGAUCAACGCAUCUUCCUGGGAAUUACGUCAUUCGUGUGGUUUGUGAGCCUGGUUCUUCGCUCGUAGGAGAUGAGUUCAUUAUCUGCCAAAACAAUGGAAAGUGGAGUGAUUAUCCAUAUUGCGAUGCACCCAUACUGUGUUCUCCACCAGCGAGUCUCAUCAACGGAUAUGUGCGCAUGCGUGGAAGGUCUGCACGAAGUAUUUCUGUGUAUCGUUGCAACCCAGGGUACGAGCUUCAUGGAAGACGAACUGUAGUCUGCGACGGGGCUACGGGAAGAUGGCGGGGAGAUGUCCCUCAUUGUUUUGGCCCUCCUUCAUGCCGUGACCCCGGUGAACUAUCCGGGAUGCUAGCAUUGACUCUUGAUGAUGACUCUGGAGUCAAACACGGUGAUCUCUACACCGAACACACAUUGUUCAACUAUGCCUGCCAACCAGGAUACUACUUAACCGCUGACGUCACAAUCACGUGCCAGAAUGGCAUAUGGAUUGCAGAUGCUGAUGUACCAGAAUGCAAUAGGAUCACCUGUACUCCACCAUCCCUAGCUCCUAUAAGCAAUGGUGCACACAACAUAGAAAAUAGGACCUACUAUGUUGGAGAAAUGGUGCAAUAUAAAUGUAACGAAGGUUACCUUGUUGAUGGAAUUAGCUGGCAGGUUUGCCAGAGUGAUGGUGGCCCUAAUGGAGUAUGGUCCGAUAACGUACCAACUUGCAAAGAGGCAAGGUGUCCUGAUCCAGGCCGCAAUCACCUUGACAGAGGAACAAUAUCUUUCUCACCGAAUGAUGGACGAGGGGCCACUAAUUCUUGGCCAGUAGGGACAGUAAUGAGUCUCAGUUGCCCUUCACAUUUAGAGCUUCUGGGUUCAAGUGAGAGGGUUUGUCAAUCUGAUGGUCACUGGAGCGGUACUUUGACGUCAUGCAACAGUGAAGAUUACCACUGCCCAGCCCUUGGAAACCCUAUACAUGGAUUUAAAGUCAAAACCCCGCAAUACAGAGUGAACACCAACGUUUCUUUUCGAUGUUACCAAGGGUAUGACAUGGUUGGUUCGCAAGAGAGGAUGUGCACGUUUUCUGGAGAAUGGACCGGAGAGAUGCCGAGGUGCAUGGGUCGCGAUGAGUUUGACGAAUUAAGUCGAGUGACAAAUGGUCUCGGAAAGACGUUUGACGAAAUAUCCAUCGACGGUGGACUUAGUAAUAACACUUCUUCAGACCCUGAUAGUCGCAGGAAGCGGGACAUCGAUAUUUCCAGCUCAUCUGCCCUGGAUAUCUAUUUUGCCUUUGAUGCAUCGAAAAGUGUAGGUCUUCGGAACUUUGAGAGGGGCAAAAGUUUUGCAAAGCUUCUUGUGAAUAAGCUGGGCGUGAACAUAUCUCCUGAUGGAACCCGAGUCGGAGCCGUGUUCUAUUCGUCGACAUCUACCAAGGCUUUCAACGUCAACCAAUACGGAUCGGCAGAAGAGGUGACGUCAGCCAUCAAUGCCCUCAUACACUACAAAAAUGAAGGGACAAACCUACCAGCAGCUCUUGCGGACAUCGCGUUCAUGUUGGCUGAAACCAUCCAUACCACUGCACCCAACACCCGAAAGGUUCUCUUCAUAAUUACUGAUGGAUUUAGUAAUGUUGGUGGUGCCCCAUCGCAACACGCUCUUACCCUUAAACAUGACUUCGACUUAAAGAUACACUGCAUAGGAAUUAGUCAUAAAACGGAUAAGAAAGCGCUUGCCGAAAUCGCAUCUCUGCCUGUUAACGAACAUGUCUUUUAUCUCUCGGAUUAUGUUGAGCUUGAUGAAGCAAUAGAUGUCAUCACAAAUUCCAACAGAUCCUAUGACGAGUGUGGCAAAUCUGGAACUGAUGUCGGCGGGGCAUCUCGUAUUGUGGGCGGGGUCAAAGCUGAGUCGGGGGCGUGGCCUUGGCAGGCUGCUCUCUAUGAUACGGCAGAAAAUGAUAUACAUUGUGGUGGCUCUUUGAUCAGGAAGAAUUGGGUUCUGACAGCAGCUCACUGCUUUCGUGGUCUGUUCUCACUUACCAAGGACACUACUGCAGUUUACCUAGGGCUAACGGAUAGAUAUGGCGAUGAAGCGAGAGCCCAGAAGUUUGAUGUCGAAGAGCUCAUCAUGCAUCCGAAUUACACUGUCGAAGGACUUGCCCAUCAUAACGACAUCGCUCUGCUCCGGUUAGAUCGUGAGGCAGAACUCAACCCAUACGUGCGAACCGUCUGUCUCCCUCCGAGUUCAAUAACAAAUCGAUUUAAAGCCAACUGGUACUUGGAUGUCCAGAGAGUAGCCACGGUCACUGGCUGGGGUCACUCUGAAAUCCUCGAAAGCAACUGGGACAGCAUCGUCCCGACGAAGGAUCUCCAGGAAGUCAGCCUGCCCUUGGUUUCACCAAUGGCCUGUCGAACAGCAAUGCAGAGUAAUCGUAUCCCUGUCGACACUACCACCGAGUUCUGCGCAGGAACUGGCCAAGGGAAGGAUGCCUGCAAGGUGGACUCUGGAGGUCCUGUGGUCGUGAGCCGAAACAGUAUCUACAGGCAGGUCGGCAUCGUGAGUUACGGCAUUGGAUGUGGACUGGACAACACCUUUGGUGCCUAUACAAGGCUCCCUAACUUUGUUGACUGGGUGGAAAAGACAAUUCAAGAAAAUCAGUGACAGUUUUUGUUAAUUUAAUUGAAAUGAAAGGUGCACUGUAAAAAAUGAAGUGCUAAUUUAGCACUUACAGUGCUUGUAUAUUGACUGCACUACGAGUGUUGAUUUUCUAGUUUAAAUUUGAACUAGAAAAUCAGCACUAGUAGUGCAGUCCCUAUACUAGCACUGGAAGUGCUAAAUUAGCACUUUAUUUUUUACAGUGUGCAAAGAUCCGACCGAUAUCUGUUUGUGUUUUGUCUUGAUAAGUGUGUCAUCACUCCAACUCUUGGUUUAAAAGUGAAUACACUUCUUUAUCUACUUAUCAUAAAUAUAGGGACAGACUCCCGACAAUGACAGUUAAUCUCGAUAUGUCUACACAUGUAUAUAUAAAAUUUGAAUUUUUAAUUGACUUUAUUUUCAUAUCUCCAUUUAAAACAUAUGUAUACUAGCAUAAGAUACUGUAUAUAAUUUCAAUUACAUGUACAUUAACACAUAAUAAAAAGAUCGGAUGAUUCCUCAUUCACGCAUGAGUGGGCAAAAACAAUUGAAGAAAGGAUACCGAAAGGUUUUUUGUCAAGGGGUAUCAGAAUUUCAGAAAGAAAAUCACGUGCUUAAACAUUUUAACAUCUGCUCUUUUAUUUGAUACCUCCGAAUCACAGAAAAUGGUUAAGAAAUAACAAACUUCUAUCUCUAUGAAAAAAUGCUUGUAUCCCCCAUCACUUCAUUUAACAAAUGUGCCGUAGCAAUCGCAUGGCCGAUCGUCGUGUUGAUUAAGUUCGACAGCUAGCCUAUACAAAAGGUCUUCAUUUUUUAAGAAAUAAAUUGAAAUUAAAGUAUUAUUUUAGAUAAACAGAACUUUGUAUAUAAACAUCCUUACCCUCCACCCCCCCCCCCAAAAAAAAUAUAUUAGGCGAGCGCGAAUAUAUAUUUUAUAAUAUACUGAUUUAAAAAUGAAUGAAGAGGACACUAUCUCAUUCAUCAAUACGA